AUGUCCACCGGACGCAAGGUCUUCCGCUGUGCCGUGGACGAGACGGCCCUGUCCACCAAUAUUAGCGAAAUCAAGAAAUGGACGACUAACGGCGCUAUCGAUCUCGUGGUUCCUCUUUACACACUUGAACGACUCCAUGCGCUGAAGCGAGCGGGAUCACAAGUCGCCAUCAAUGCCCGCGAAGCAGUCCGCUUUCUUGACCGGGUCACUUCCGGCAAAGAUCACAUCGCCGCCGACCGAGUUGUCCUCCAGGGACCCAUGGAGCAGUACGAGCGCUGGGAGGAGGCCGAGAAAUUCUUCCUGCCGGAAUUCGAAGAGGAGCCCGAGGUAAUUGACGAGGCAGUUACCAAUGACGAGCCAGCAGUCCAACAUAGCGCCGAUGACACUGUGAACAAGAACGAGUCGGAUGAUCUCUCGCAGAUGCUCUUAUCCAAGCUGAACUUCAAGAAGGACCCGGAGGCUGUGUCGAUCACUUCUGUCGGCACCCCCAGUGGCCCUGGAUCGCGCACAUCCUCUCGCAGCUCCCGUACCAGCCCCGAGUGUGCACAGCAUGAGUCCAGCGAUGGGACAACAAAGAAUGUGAAGACCAAGAGCAAGUCUUCUAACCAUCAGCGCACCAUCUCCGGAUCCGUCAUCCCGACCGCGCCGCCCGCUCUGCGCCCAUUGCUGAGUGCCCUACUCUGGCGGUUGCAUGCCGGCCCCGAUGCUGAGAACUCUGCCAAGACGUGCAUUCUCAUUUCCAAUGACCGUGCGACCCAGGUGUGGGCUCAGAAAUUUGGCAUUGGAGUUAAGAACAUUCUGCAGCUACGCACGGCUAUCCAGUACGAGGAGCGCGAGUACAAAAACCGCUGCAAAUACGUUGAGAAAACUCAGACCCAACCCGCCGAGCCGAAGACCUUGUUGUCCUACGAGGAAGAGAGCGACGAGGAUGAGCUAGUCUUCGUCCCUCGCGGCCGUGGAAAAGGAACUCCCCGAGGUGCUUCGCGUGGUGGGGGUCAGCGCAAGGCUGUCCCCAAAGCUGCGCCACUUCCUGCCGAGCCUACUGCUACCGUGGAAGUUCCUACCAAGCCCAUCGAUCCGGACUCUUUCAGCCGGUCUCUGGCCGGCGCAACCAAGCCGCCCACUGUAGACCUGAGCACCCAACAGGGUGUUGCCGGUGCCGCCCGCGGUAACGCUGGAGCCUCUCGCCGCUCAUCUAAUGGUCGCCGUGGUGGAUCUUCGCGCGGUGCACGAGGCAAUGGUCGUGGCCGUGGUAAGCUCUGGGUUCCUUGA